ACACGCCCCAACUUCUUCAGCGACGGUAUUCCACCCUUAUAAUCAUGUCCAUCAGAAAGGCAAACUACACAAGUUUCACAAUUAUCAUCCGAAGCCUAUCCCACCCAUUCGUGCUUUCCUCUCGAGUCCGCAGCGCCCACUAAAUACUGGCUUCCCCCCUAGUGAAUGACACACUUUCCUUACGAAAACGGUAGGACCUUCAUACACAAUACGGGAACUAUCUCGUCUUCAACUGGGGAAACCACUUUGGGUUCUGUUCCGACCGCUUCCCUGCCUCUCUGCAGAAGUUCCCCUCCCGAGCCUCCGAGCUUCCAGACGACAGCCACCACCGAACGCAGGUUCGAGUGGCCUGGCGGAAGCCGUCCGGAUCUCGCGAGAUACGCGGCUGCGCGGAAGUUCUCGAGUCCCGCGAAGAGGUGGUGGAGCCGGACUCUGGGAUGGAGCGCUUCCGCAAAGAUGGCGGCCGCUGCGGCAAGAGGCGCCUGGCUGGCGGCCUGGGGCGGAAGACUGCGGCGCGGGAUCACUGCCGGCCGGCGAGCUUUGCCAGGCCCCGGCCCCGGCCCCUUGACUGCGGCAGUGGCCGGUGUGGCCCUCGCAGGCACAGGAGUGGCAUGGUACCAUGGCCGCAUGAAUGUCGUGGCACCCGAGGGCAGCCUCACCGUCUUAGCACAGGAUAAUGUUGUUUCUGGAGAGAUGGGAGAAAAAUUGUCCCUUCGUAAACAGCGCUUCAUGCAGUUUUCUUCACUGGAACAUGAAGGAGAAUAUUAUAUGACACCACGAGACUUCCUCUUUUCAGUAAUGUUUGACCAAAUGGAACGUAAAACUUCAGUGAAGAAGCUGACAAAAAAGGAUAUCGAGGAUAUACUGGCAGGAAUCCAACCAGCUCGUUGUGGAUCAACCUUUUUUAGAGACCUUGGUGAUAAAGGACUAAUUUCGUAUACUGAGUAUCUUUUCUUGCUUACAAUUCUCACUAAACCCCAUACUGGGUUUCAUGUUGCUUUUAAAAUGCUGGAUGCAGAUGGUAAUGAGAUGGUUGAGAAAAAGGAAUUUUUUAAGCUACAGAAGAUCAUAAGUAAACAAGAUGACUUGAAGACGACAACACCUAAUGAAACAGAAUGCCAGAUGUGCUACAUUCACAUGGUCCAAACUUCAAAAGAUUCAAAAAGAGUGUGUGCAGAGGGCAGCAUUUUCAUCCCAGUCACCCAGUUCUCCCUGCCAGAAUCAACAGUGAAAGAACCUGAAAUUACCACAACCCUUCAGAUAUAUUUCUUUGGAAAAAGAGGAGAAAGAAAACUUCAUUAUAGGGAAUUUCGAAGAUUUAUGGAGAAUUUACAAACGGAGGUCCAAGAAAUGGAAUUCAUUCAGUUUUCUAAAGGUUUGAGUUUCAUGAGAAAAGAAGACUUUGCAGAGUGGCUGCUUUUUUUCACUAACACUGAAAAUAAAGACAUCUAUUGGAAAAAUGUAAGAGAGAAGUUGACAGCAGGAGAGAGUAUUAGUUUGGAUGAGUUCAAAUCAUUUUGUCAUUUUACAACUCACUUGGAAGACUUUGCUAUUGCUAUGCAGAUGUUCAGUUUAGCUCAUCGUCCUGUCAGAUUGGCGGAGUUUAAGAGGGCCGUGAAAGUAGCAACAGGACAGGAGCUCUCCAACAAUAUUUUGGACACCGUCUUCAAGAUCUUUGAUGUGGAUGGUGAUGAAUGUCUUAGUCAUGGAGAGUUUCUCGGGGUUUUAAAAAACAGGAUGCAUCGAGGUUUAUGGGUACCACAACAACAAAGUGUACAAGAAUACUGGAAAUGUGUAAAAAGAGAGAGCAUUAAAGGAGUAAAAGAAGUCUGGAAACAAGCUGGACGAAAUCUCUUUUAGAAAAAGAUAAUCUGGGAAUCCUAUUGCGCCAGAUGUCAGAAUUGGGAAUUUGUCUAAAAUACUAGAAUUUGUCUUCUUGAUUUUCUUUGUAAUAUAAAGAUGCCUUGUAUUUCUGAAUCAAUAGUUUCUUAAUAAAAUUUUGUUAAAGAACUUAGUGAAAGUAGAUACUGGAUUCUGUCAGAAGGCCUAGAAUUGAAGCAAUGCUUUGUACUUUGAUAAGACGGAAAACCUAAUUAUUCACUGAUUUCUUAGACACAGUAGUACAACGUGCUCUUUGGAAGGGUGUCAACUUAGUACUUACAGAAAAAAAUACUUGGUACAUAAGGUCAAUAUCAAGUCCAGGAGUCCUGAUGUUCCCAGUAGGGCAAAUUAAAUUAAAAAUUUCUCGGGUUUUCUUAUCUGUGUUCUCAUAUCUCAUAAGCUUCUUGUGUAUUUUAUUACAGUUAGCUGUAUAUUAGUUGUCUUUUAAAUGUGUAAAUGUCAAUAUCUUAUGUAGAAAUAAAAUAUUUA